GAUCAGCUCGAGAGAAGUCAAGUGAGAGAAAGUUCUAGCCAUCCUUGUGUUUUCCCAACAGUUAGCUUUCAUUGUGUUAGCCAAGGCCAGUGUGCGGCCUUGUUGAUAUACCACACACACACACUUUGGUUGAAGCAAGUUGCCAGACCACUAAGUGCCUUAGCCCAUCCAUACAACAUACACUGUGUUGUGCUGUUCCGUGCCUGUGCAUAUUCAGCGUUAUUAAACAACUGGAAUCUUACCUGUCUGUCAUCUGUGGCCUUACCAGCACACGGGAGCGAACACAUCAAGUAAAACCUAACCUAAAGAAUAUACAGUCCACCAAGUCCUCACUUACAGUAAAAGUAAAAGUUGUAAAAAAUAUAUAAAUAGUAAAGUAAAGGACAGAUACCCAAAAAAAACUACUUAAGUAGUACUUUAAAGUAUUUUUACUUAAGUACUUUACACCACUGGCCCUAAUGCUCUGACUAAACACAAAUACGCUUCGCACGCGAUACAGUUUAGGAAACAAUUGGAAUUUAACUUUCAUAUAAGCGAGAAAUACUUGUUCAAAUGCAAAAGAUACUUACUGUAAGCAGUUUAAGAAAGUUGCACCCGGUUGUAUUUUGAGAAACACAGGAAAUGUGGGAUGGAAUGGUCCAGUGGAAAUGCGAGUGCAAAGUGAGAUGAUGCGUUUUAGCCGAGGCGGCGUGUGAAAACAGCCGGAUGCAAGUAAGUGUAUCUUUUGUAUUUGAAAAAUGAUUUAUUGCUUAUAUGAAAGUUAAGUUCCAAAGGUUUCCAAAACUGUAUCGCAAGUUAGGCGUAUUUGCGUUUAGACAGAGCGUUGGGAUUAAACAGAGCAUCGGGAUUGUAGUUCACUAGGGAGCCAGCUGUGAUCAGUACCAGCAGCUGAGAACCCAAGGGGGGGCCGGCUGUAAACUAGGUAUACCUAACUUGGGUUCAUGAGAGCUAGCUAGCUAGCUAGCUGGCCUCAAAAACUAGACAAGGAUAAGUUGUGUAGAUGUGCCAUACCCUCGCAUUGUUCUAUUUAUAGUAACGUUUCUUUAUCUUUCUUGAAGUUGUUGAAAGCCCGCGCCUAUCAACAUUUGUUCCUGCAGGUCGGACGAAGCUCCAUCCUCCCAGAUUCAGACAGCUGUCACAAGAUCACGUUAGAGGCCUUUAAAUUCAAGGAUUCCAUCGCUGAAGAUAUCAAAUGUGCCGACCUGGUUAUCAGCCAUGCUGGUGUGUACAAUGGCCGAAUAAAUAAAAAAACGAAACUACCAAACCGUUGUGCUGGUCUUUAAUGUUGAUAAUUGAUAAUAAUGAAAUGCCUUGUCUUGUAUUCUCAGGGGCAGUUAGUUGUCUGGAGACCCUUGGUGCAGGCAAACCACUGCUAGUGGUGGUCAAUGACAAAUGUAUGGACAAUCACCAGCUAGAGCUGGCCAAACAGCUACACCAAGACUCACACCUACUGUACUGUACAGUGUAAAUCCUCAUGUCCAACUUAAUCAUGAGGACUCACACUUUGUCAAUCUGACAUAUUGUACAUUUCUGCUAAUAAAGUCCCCGAGUUGUCAAAGUGAUUCAAAUUCAUUGGGUCAACUUACAAAUCCCCUUUUGUCUCAAAUUUCACAGCAAUCUCACUGAGACCUUGAGGACGAUAAACCUUUCUGUUCUCUCACUAAUCGGGACAACCAAAUAAUUUUGCCAAUUUCCUGGACAAGUCCCUUGGUGUUCAAUGAUUCCAGCGGAGGGCAGUAUCUUAGGUCAACUCAGUGUUCUUUUAUGGGCUCUGGAGAUGUUUGCACUCUGAAACUCUCCUCAUCUUUGAGAUGAACUGGCGUUGGGGAUGGACAGAGGGAAGCCUGGGCCACAUGUGCCCGGCUUCUAGGUUUCCUACCAGCAUGCAGAGCAAACACCAGAAUGCAACAUCAGGCUGCGCAAGACUUUAAGAUUAAGAGUCUGUUGAAAGGUCAUUUCUGGCCAUGUUCUAUUUCAGCCAGUUUAAGACAGGCUGAUUAGGUAUUAGAUGCUGACUUUUUAAUGGUGGAUGGGGUAUAUUUUCAACUCGAAAUGAUAGACACUCACGGAUGUAGAUACAGUAUAUUGUAAAUCUCAUUCUGAUGAUUUGUUAUGAACAGAACAACUUAUGU